AUGUGGUUGGAUAUAUCGUUACACACUAAAUUAUCAUUAAUUAUUAUGCAAUUAUUUGUAUUAUUUAUGCAACGAUUUUCUCGAGCAGUUCAAGCAAAAGGUAAUCCGUACUCUGUCAUUAUGGUUUCAUCUGCACGAACUUCAACUCAUAAUCCUCUUCGUUCACAGGAAAAUGUUACCUUAUGGUGUCAGGCGGAAGAUCGAGGGGCAGUAGUACAAAUCAAAUCGGCGGUAUUUGUACGAAAACGAGAUGGUAUGGUGCUUAAAGCAGAUAUAAGCAGUGAUAAUAAACGCGCUUAUUAUCAUUUUGGUCUUGCUGAUGUUGCUGAUUCUGGUAGUUAUACAUGCCGGUUGACGACAGCUAAUGGAUUGAGUGUCAGUGGCAGUCAUCAAGUGUUCGUUCGACCUGUGGUCCUAACAGAUACCGGACAUUUCGAACCACGAAAGAAUGAUCCGUUUUCAUUCGAUGGUAAUGGCGUUACAGUUGUUCGAGGCUCUUCAGCUGAAAUUACUUGCCCAGUGAUUGCUUUUCCUUUACCUCGAUUUUCUUGGACAAAAGAUGGGAAAGAAUUUACCACAAAAGACAAUCGUAUGAAUAUCAAAAAUGAUGGGAGAAUAUUGAUUGAUGGAGUGCGUGAUAGUGAUAAAGGUGUAUAUGAAUGUAUGGCAACAAAUGAAUAUAUUGUGAAUGGUCGUCCAGAAACACAUCAAGUAAUGCUGGCCCGGAUGUUACGAGUUAAAAGUGAAUUAGCAUGGUUAUGGCCAUUACUGGUGAUUAUCAUUAUUAUUCUCUUGCUUGUGAUUAUAAUCAUAUUCGGUGAAUGCAAGACGAAACGUAACCAGCAGAAACUAUUGGAAGCGGAGGACUAA